AAAAUCCUUCACUCGUCCCUCUCUCGGUCUGUCCCUUUGGAGCGAAGGCGAACCGCGUCGCGAACCCAGGAUCCCAUCGAGGGCAGGCGGGCAGAUCCCGGCGUCCGACGGCGAUGGGCGAGGAGGACGCGAGCGCCGGGGGAGAUCCGCAGCGGCUGAAGCGGAUCGCCGCUGCGGCGUACGACUACGAGAACGAUGCGCGGUGGGCCGGGUACUGGUCCAACGUCCUCGUGCCGCCCCACCUCGCCUCCCGCCCCGACGUCGUCGACCACUUCAAGCGCAAGUUCUACCAGCGAUACAUCGAUCCUGGUUUGGUUGUUGAACCGAUGUCCUCCAUGACUUCAACUCAGUCUAGCAGACCAGCAGCGAAGUCUUCAGCUACACCAUCUAGUGAGAAUGUCAGAGCUCGGGACUCAGGUUUGGUGAAUUUAUGCUUGAAAGGCUCUAGCACGAGAUCAACUGGGACCUCCCAACAUCCACCAGCAGAGAGGACUGCAAAUUCAUUACAGCUAGACGGACGGACAAUAAACUUUUCUAUCAAUGCCUGGGUACUGGUUGUAGCUAGUCUCGGAAUACUCCCAGUUCUACCCAACCAUAUCUCGAGUAAAGCAUACCGUCUUUCAUUGCUAGGAACAAUAUGCUCGUCUGCAUAUUCUUUAUAUGGCACUUAUGGGAAACCAAGAGCAUGGAAUAUGCCUGCAAUUCAGUCCUGGUUGCAGUCUAUUAUUGUAGCUAAGGACUUUGUUCACUUGAUGUUCUCUCUUAUGAUGUUCACAUCUAAUGUGCACUUUAAGAUUGCUCUACUUCCUGUGCUUUGCUGGGCGCUUGAUCAUGUUGCUCGAUUCCUAAGGCGUAAUUUUACACACUCUUCUUUAUACAGGAAGUACUUAGAGGACCCUUGCCUAUGGGUAGAGACAAACAACACUACACUCAGCCUACUUUGUUCGAAUGCUGAAAUCACCCUGGGGUUUCUCAUGAUCAUCUCGCUUUUCUCGUCGAGACGCAAUAUAAUCCAGACAUUUAUGUACUUUCAUCUUUUGAAGUUGAUGUACCAUUCUCCUGUGACAUCUGGUUACCACCAGAGCGUGUGGGCAAGAAUAGGCCGGGCUGUAAACCCGUACAUUUACCGCUAUGCGCCAUUCCUGAACACACCUAUUUCGGCAGUCCAGAGAUGGUGGCUGAGGUAGGAAAGCAUGGACCGCAGCACAGUGAAAAUAUGCCUAAACAGCUACUCUGAUCUCAGCGCCUCGAUCUUUUAGAAGGCGUGCUUGCACGGCGUGUUCUUUUCUUGUAAAGGUUGUAUUCUCAGUUCAUGUCUUACUGAGCUACUGAAGGCAUAACACUAGAGAAUUUCUUACGAUGAGCAGUAGCGCUUGAGCAAACUGUCGAUUUGAUGGGAUACAGUUACAGGCAUAAAGUGAUUGCACAGAAUUUUCAUAAGGAUGCUUGCUGCAGUCAAUAGGAUGGAACAUGCGAGUGGCACUAUUGAUUCUUGAAGUAAUAAAUGAUGUUCUUGUCUAUUUUA